CCCGCCUCCACUCAUCCCUCCUCCUCGACCAGCCAUGCAGAACCGACAUAUUCGGUCUGGAGGGACCAAGACGGCUACUGCCUUCCUCUCGACCUCUUCACCAUCCUAUUGCCCUGCGGUCAUACCAUAACGAGUCAAGAUCAUCAAUCUUGUUGCUGCCUUGUGAAGCUGUGUUGUUUGCCGUCGGCUUGGCUCCCCAGUCGUCACCGUCGGCCUCAGUGGCCGCCCUGACCUCCCCGCCCUCUCCGUUGGGCGUCAUGGCGCCGCCCGACCCACUCACACCGCUCACUGCCGUCGAGUCGCCUGAAUGGCACACAGACACACACACAUGCAUCGAGACCAAUGUGCCGGUGGAUGAAGGCUGCUCACUGGGGAUGUGCUGCGGCUGCAUCUCACCCUGUGACCACUUGGC